AUGAAAGUGGUGGCCAAUUUUUGGUUUACGGUCAAAAACUAUUGCUUGAAUAGUACACUGGCUGGUCUGAGCUAUAUUGCCGACUCAAGAUUUCAUUACACCGAGCGUUGGUUUUGGUUUUUUUGCCUUAUGCUUUCGAUAUUUGGAUCGUAUUCGCUAAUCCAUCAAACGUUAACGGAUUUUGAUGAAAGUAGCGUCAGUAUGGUGGUUGAGAGUCUUCAAAUUGAUGACAUUACAUAUUUUCCAUCGGUUGGUGUUUGUGAAAUUGGCCACAUCAGAGAGGUGUACACUGCAUUGGAACGUAUUGUGCGACAGUUCGGCGAUAAUUGGUUGACUUUGGAAACUGGCAAACAGAAAACAGAAGACUCGUUAGAAUUGGAAUUUUCAAAAGCGACAUCGGUGUCGGUUUUAAACGAAGAGGAUAUUCCGCAUAUGCUGCUAAACAAUUUGAACUUCAAUCAGCAACAUGAUGGUACCAAGCAGAGGAUAGUGCUACGUAUACAGAAUGUUGUGAAUGAUGCAGGCGUCGAGGAUAUAAGUAAACAAUCCAGAAAGUGUAUUUUUCCCAAGGAGAAUUUCAACUCCAAGUAUAAGUAUUAUAGCUACAGUACAUGUGUUACGGAGUGCCUGAAAAAGUCUCAAAUUCAAAUGUGCAAUUGUACGCACUUCAACAUGAUUUAUGAUGAGAACGACAAGAGUCCUCAGUGUGGUUAUGACGGCAUGAUAUGUUUAGAUAAAUUCGAUUUGGUUUUUCCACAAACAACAAUUAUGCAACCGUGGAGAGUGAAUGGACUCUCAUGCGACUGCUUGCCGUCGUGCAAUGAACACGAAAUCAGACUCGUUGGCCGCUCAUACAUAACCGGCUCCGAGAACAUUGAUAAGAGGCGAAUCACUCGCAUAGUCAUGCAGUCACUUCCCACUCAGAGGUAUAGACGACAAGCUGUUCGUAACAAUUUGGAUAUUGUCGUGUCGAUUGGUAGUUCUCAUUUUGGUCUCAAUCAAAUCGAAACAACAGAAAGAAAAUCAUUACCUUUUUUUCCUUGGUAUUUUCAGGAGGCACCAUGGCGUUAUUUCUUGGAGCUAGCAUUUUAA